AAGGCACUCCCCCUACAGAACGCUUGAGCCAGUGCGGCCUCCGGUGGUACCUAAUGACUAUGUCCCAAGCCCCACACGCAAUAUGGCGCCCAUUCUGCAGCAAAGUCCUGUGCGCACAGCAUCUGUUAAUCAGAGGAACCGCACUUACAGCGGGAGCAGUGGCGGCAGUCAUCCCAGCAGUCGCAGCAGCAGUCGUGAAAACAGCGGGAGCGGCAGUGUGGGUGUUCCCAUCGCUGUGCCCACACCCUCUCCACCCAGCGCCUUUCCAGCCAACCCCACCUUAAUCCCUGAAUCUCUUCCCACGCACCCCGACUCCACUGAGAGCUUGCUGACCCCAGAAAAAGGCUCUCCCACCCCUCAGCCACCCCUCACUUCAGCUGAAGCUAGUGCUACAUCCAACACCAACUCUGGGACAGGUGGCCCUCAGUUCUACAGCAUGAACAGGCCCGUCACCAGACAGAUCACACCCACAGUGGGAGGUUCGCUGCCGUAUCGCCGGCCGGCCUCAAUCACGGGUCAGAUUUCCAUGCCCCCUAGCCAGCAGAACGGAGGGCCCUAUUACAAUCAGAACCAAGGUACUGCUCUCACUAUUCAGACUUGACAUCUUUCAUGUUCUGGUUAUUCGUCAAAGCCAAAGUUUAAUUUGUUCUCUGAGAUAUAGUACAUCAUGUAUCCCCCUACCUGCAUUUUACUUUCUUUUAAGAGUUGUAUUUGACACACUAUUAUAUCUUUGAUUACCACAUUCAUCUUUACUGCAACAUUUCUCUCAUAAAGUUCUUAAUUAUAAUCUAGAGUUAUCAUAGAUUGGUGCUUUGAUGUGAAAAUGAGUUAGUCUUUGAACUCUCUAGCUGGUGUAGAUUCACCCUUCAUCCUUUCUGCUCCGAGGUGACCACUUCCUGUUUGCCAGAAAGUGUUUGCACACUAAACUAACUGCCUACUCUCUUCUGUUUUCCCUUUCACAUUCACUUUCUUUAUCUUGGUUCAUUGCUCACAC